CUUCAUUUCUAGCGACCCUGUCUUGGCUCGGUCUUCCCUCUCUUAGUUCUUCCAUCACUUCGUUUCCGUUCUCAUACUAGUCCUUGCUCUCUCCUGCCGUCGCUGUUGUCAUACGAAGUCCGCCAUGAAGCUCGCGAAUAUGUCUGCUCCCCUGCCGCUCCUCAUCAGGGUCACACAGGGUGUCUUCGCCUUGAUAGUGCUGUCCCUCUCGGGUUUCGUUGCCCACUGGUACACUACCAUGACCGCUUUCCCCUCUCCGGCGCAGAUUAACUUUCUCAUCUUCGGCGCGGUAUGGUCGUGGCUCUCGCUCGUCUGCAUAGAAAUCCUGCCGCGCUUUCUUCCACGAACCCCCAAAGCCUACAUCGCAGCACCCUUCGACCUCACCAAUGCGCUUUUCUGGUUCUCGGGCUGCAUCGCCCUAGGCGUCUUCCUCGGAAAGCUCUUCUUCUGCCGUGGCAGUGUCUGCCAUGCCGCCCAGGCCGACGUCGCCUUUAGCGUCUUCUCGUUCAUUGUCUGGGCGGCGUCGAGCUUGCUCACUGCGCUGGAGAUCGUCAGGGCUAGGCGCGGGCAUGGGCCGGCGGGGACGGGCGCAGUGCCUAUGCCCACGAUGAAGGAGUCGGCCGCUUAGACUGACGCAGACGACAAUAUAGGAUUGCGGAGGGUUGUCAUGAGAAGGCAGGGUGUUGGACGACUCGGGCUCUUCUCCGGAUACAGGCAGGCCUGAGGACGCAAAGCGCCUCGUCGAGCAGGACCCAUUCGCUCUGCCGAGAUUCGCGUCAGCACCUUAUUUCAUCAGCCUUACGUACGGGUCGGGCUU